GAAAAUUCCCACUGUGCUGCGAACCAUACAAGUAUUGACAUCGUAACUGCACACUCGACAUGCUUUCUCUUUCUUCCAUAUCCAAACAUCCCUGCUCUCUAUUCAGGUUGUUGUCCCUUCCAUUUUCCCGAACCUCCCUUUUUUUUUACCUUUUCUGUCUUCAUGGACACUUCCCUGCUAGUCUUCAUUUUCCCGUUUCGGGUCUGUCAGCAAUCGCAUCGCGUCUCAUCUCUCUAUCCGAGGCAUUCCUGGUGGGAAAGAAGACAGAAGAGUCGGAACGGUUGAAGUCGCAAGGAGGUGGGGAUGCCACCCUGACUGGCUGCCGGUCGAUGCCUGAUCUGCCGCUAACUCACCCGGUAUUACCGCUCGUUACCGUCCGUCAGGACUCUCUCUCCCGCCUCUACAAUGGAUAGGAAGGCACCAUGGCGGAUUAUUGCCAGCGCGAGUCGUAUAGCAAGGAAACA